AUGAAGUGGGAGGCGGGGCUGCAGGCCAUCCUGGCCUCGCUCCUACUCGCCAGCGGCGCCCUCGGCGAGCACACCAGCAACUGGGCCGUCCUCGUCUGCACCUCGCGCUUCUGGUUCAACUACCGGCACCUGGCCAACGUGCUCUCCAUCUACCGCACCGUCAAGCGGCUCGGCAUCCCGGACUCGCAGAUCAUCCUGAUGCUGCCCGACGACAUGGCCUGCAACCCGCGCAACGCCUUCCCCGGCACCGUCUACAGCAACUCGGACCGCGCCGUCGACCUGUACGGCGACAACAUCGAGGUCGACUACCGCGGCUACGAGGUGACGGUCGAGAGCUUCAUCCGCCUGCUGACGGACCGUGUCGGCGAGGAGAUGCCCCGCUCCAAGCGCCUGCUCACCGACGAGCGCAGCAACAUCCUCGUCUACAUGACGGGCCACGGCGGCAACGAGUUCCUCAAGUUCCAGGACGCCGAGGAGAUUGGCGCGUUUGACCUGGCGCACGCGUUUGAGCAGAUGUGGGAGAAGAAGAGAUACCACGAAAUCCUUUUCAUGAUCGACACCUGCCAGGCCAACACUAUGUACAGCCGCCUCUACUCGCCCAACAUCAUCGCUACCGGCUCCUCCGAGCUCGAUGAGUCCUCGUACUCGCACCACGCCGACAACGACGUCGGCGUCGCCGUCAUCGACCGCUACACCUACUACAACCUCGAGUUCCUCGAGUCGCAGGUCCGCGACAUGAACAGCCAGAAGACGGUCGGCGAGCUCUUCGACAGCUACGACUUUGACAAGAUCCACUCCAACGCCGGCGUCCGCUACGACCUGUUCCCCGGCGGCGCCGACGGCGCCCGCGGCCGCCUCAUCACCGACUUCUUCGGCAACAUCCAAAAGGUCGAGGUCGACCGCGCGCCGCGGCAGGACGGUGCUGCCCUCGAGGAGGAGCUCGAGGGCCUCAGCAGGACGAUUGCGCUGCUGCGCGCCAAGGAGGCUGAGCAGGUUGCGGCGAGGCGCGCCAACGACUCCGCGGCGGCGGCGUCCGCCGUGCCGGUCAGCGCGCCUCCCGCGGAUGUCGUCCGCGGUGGUCAGGCGCGAAAGGUCCAGGGCGCGACGGCGCUGACGACGGAGAACUGGCUCACGCGCAAGGCCAUUGGCGCCACGGCGCUGGUGGGCUGCGUUGCGCUAUGGGGGCUGGGUGCCUUGUUGGAAAAGUAG